AUGAGGCCGUCGCCUGCCCCCGACGGAGCUCGGAGGGUGGCGGCGGGCAUCCAUACGACGCAGCUCGGCAGUUGGCGACCACGAGCAGCCUGGAAAGCUCCUGUUGGUGACCCGUUGGCUGGAGGCGGAGGGCAAGCGGUGGAGGCGGUGAGGCACAGGACGCGAGGGGCGCGGAAGCAGCGGGAGGUGUCAAGUGGGGACUAUGCAGCGGAAGGCGAGGAGAAGCAGGUGCGCGGCAGCCCGGGAGAGCGCCACCGGAGCCUGUCGCCGCCGGCGCCGGUGGGGGGACGGGAAUUCCUGGGGUUGUUGGGGGUGAUUCCACCGAUUCGAGCCGAUCACCCAUCCGCAUUCCCCUGUAAUCAAAUCCUGGCAAUCAAAUUUCCAAUAAAGUUGUUCCAAAAUUCUCCGGCUCUCCACCAACCCGGCCACCCCGAUGGCGCCGCCGCCAACCUCCCACCCAGGACAACCGCCGGAGCCACCGUUCCUUCAAGUACCGGGCGAGCUCCUCCAGGAGAUCUUCCUCCGUCUCCCCGCAGCCGCCGACCUCGCCCGCGCCUCCACGGUCUGCGCCGCCUUCCGCCGCGUCAUCGCCGACCACAAGUUCCUCCGCUGCUACCGCCCCUCGUCGGCGUCAUAGGCAAGUACUUUAUACCAGCGCAGCCGCCGCACCCCUCCGCUGCCGCCGCCCGCGCCUUCGCUGGCUUCGACUUCUCCUGCUCCUCCUUCCUCCCCUCCACCGCCGGCCGCAGGUGGAGUCGACUUGAUUUCUUCGAAGGGCGAGCCCUCCUCGCCGGCGGCCCGGUCAAAGAAGGCAAAAGUGGCAUCCGGAUCUUCGCGGAGCAUGAGGGGUCCGACUUACAGUACAGCGAAAUUUUGGUCAGGGACCUCGCUGUGUGCGACCCUGUGCACCGCCGCUACGUGCUGCUGCCUAUCCCCGCCGACCUAACCGCGUUGAUCCAUAAACCAGACUUCCUGGACAUGAAGACUUUCCUUGCUCCCGGCGAGGAUGGCGGUGACCCCUUAUCAUUUAGAGUGAUGUGCAUGGCGCAACACCGAAACAAACUGGUUCUCCUCAUCUUCUCGUCGGGUGGACAAUGGCGUGCUCUUACGUUUGACCGGUCGAAUGCUCAGGCAUUAGCUUCACUUUUACAAUGUAAGCCUUGCUUGUCAGAUUGUCAAUACGUCCAUGGACACUUUUAUUGGCAAUUGCGUUUCCCGAAUAAGCUGCUUGCGCUUGAUGUGCACGUGAUGGAGUUCUCUGCUAUUGACCUCCCACCAGAAGAGCAAAAUAGCCAUUUUGUCAUUGUCGAGGCAGCAGAAGGAAUGCUUGGGAUGCUCAGUAUGUGCGAUCGUGAUGACAGUGAAGAUGACGCAUAUUCGCUCACGUAUUCCGUUCUGAGAAAUAACCAAUGGCAGUCCGAGAAGGUCAUCCCAUUGCCGAUAAUGCGUCGGUAUCUGAUGGGUGUAGCUGGGGGAUACCUGCUUUUAGAAAAGCCGUACACCACAUCUUCAGUUGAGAAGCUACAUAUCGGAUAUUUUUCGGUGGACAUGACAGUUGCAGGUCGAGUUGUUCGCUGAGCUUAGCGAAGCCAUCUUUCCUGGUCGACUAUAUGCUGGCUUCCCACCAUCAUUGUGUGCACCAACUCUAUGAUGUGGUGCUAUGUCAAAGGAGUUGAUUCCGCCGAGCGCAUUGUGUCUUCGGAAGAGAAAGUGGUGCAUGGACUAGAUGUAUUCGGUUGCUCAAUGCUUGGUCCAGUAUCCAAUCGUAGACGUUAGAUGUGCCUCUACUUUGUAGUUGAUAUAUAUGCUUAUUCAGUGAGCUAUGAUGUGUGUGUUGUGCUAUCCUCGCACACAAUUUCUUUCCAGUUAAAGCAUUUGAAGUGUAUUUCAGUUUCUGAACUUUUAGAUACUGGCUAUUUACAAACCAUUGAAUCUCCUGAACAUUUUUGUUACUGCAAUGUCAAUGUCUGCUUAAAGUA